AUGGCGGACCAACCUCAAGCUGCUGAUGAAACCCCUAGCAAAUAUGGCAGGAAAGCUUGUGCUGGAUUAAGACAAGAGUUAAUCGAUUGUUUAUUGGCUAGUGAUUGUGUGCAAAAGGCCAAUCUUUCCGCCAUUAGAAAAGGAAGGAAGAAAUGCAAAGCAACAUGGAUGGACAAGAGAGGGGAAAAGAAGAAGAAAAAGACACCUACCCAAUGUAGCAAUGACAACUGCGUUGCCGCUCCAAAAAGUAAUUUCACAGGUUCCAACAGCACAGAAAAAGGUAUCGACGAUGCAAUCAAGUCCAAUAGGAUGCUGAUGGCUGAUUUGCAAUGGAUUAAAGCAAAAGGAAAAGCAAUUAAAAGUCGAUUUUGGCCUUCCUUGCUGGCCAAUUUUGCCUUUUGGACGACGACGGCCAACGGACGUGGAUGGCCAACGCUGGCGAGCUGUUGGAUACUAGAGAUAGCUUGUAUGAUCUUGACAGACAGAAGGAAAGAGGACGGACGCGCCAGCUUGGCUUUGGCCUGGCCACGUCAUGGUGUGGCUGAAACACAGCAGAGUGUAUAUCCUCUAGUAUGGAGUUGGAUAGAGUCGAUUGCAGCCUUUGCCUCUCCUGCAAACGGUGGUCAUGGAGAUGAGCUCCAGUCUUGCAUACUCUACUCUAUUCCCUUUCUUUUAGCUAUGGAGUUGGACAGACUCGAUUGCAGCCUUUGCGUCUCCUGCAAACGGCAAUCUUGUGCAAAGUGGUGCAGGGCAUGCUUUGCAACUAGCAACUGUACUGUAGCAAUGUGUAGCAUAACAACGAUUGCAUCCAAUGUAGACCUAAGAAAGGUCAUGAGUGGUCAUUGGGCUCCUUUACCUCGAGCUUAA